GGGCGCGAGCGCGCGCCGAAAGUCUAGGCCUCAGGUGUGGGACGCGAGGGUGUGCGGGCUUUCCUGGCCUCUGCUAUGUCUCAAAGACCGAAACGGACUUUUCGGCAGCGUCGGGCCGAUUCCAGCGACAGUGACGGCGGCAAGGAGUCGUCUACAGAGCCCGGGGCGCCGGAGGGGCAGGCGGCCCCUGGCCCUGCGGAGGAAAAGCCGCCCGUAGUGGCGGCAAGACCGCCGUUCAGGGGCCGGAGGCGAGUCUGGGCGAGUUCCCGGCGCGCCGCGAGAGCGGCCCCCAGUGCAGGCGGCGACCCCGGCGACCAAGGUGACACCGAGAGUGAUUCAGAAAAUGCCCUGUUAGAAUGCAGAACAAUUGAUCUCUCAACCGAUGAAGAGGAUGGGACACAUCAUUCCUCAGAAAGUAAAGAUGAUCAGAGUUCAUCUUCCAACAACUCUAGCUCUCCAGAAGAAAAAACAUUUUCAUCAAUAGCUAGGAUCCCUGAUGCAACUUUCAUUCAGGCAGCCCGCAGAAAACGUGAACUGGCCAGGACCCAGGAAGACUAUAUUUCUUUGGAUGUAAAACAGACCUCCACCAUCUGUGGUGUAAAGAAAAACAGUGAUGAAGAUCCUGAGAGUGAACCUGAUGACCAUGAGGAAAGAAUACCGUUUACCCUAAAGCUUCAAACACUUAGACAGAGAAUGGCUGAAGAAACAACAACCAGAAAUGAAGAAACAAGUGAAGAAAGUCAGGAAGAUGAAAAUCAAGAUAUUUGGGAACAGCAGCAAAUGAGGAAAGCAGUUAAAAUGAUGGAGGGAAGAGACAUCGACCUUUCUCACAGCAGUGAAUCUCAAAAAGUGAAGAAGUUUGAUACUUCCAUUUCAUUUCAACCAGUAAAUUUAGAAGUUAUAAAGAGGCAAUUAAAUACUAGAUUAACGUUGUUACAAGAUACUCACCGUUCACACCUGAGGGAAUAUGAAAAAUACAUACAAGAUGUCAAGAGCUCAAAGAGUACGAUCCAGAACCUAGAGAAUUCAUCAAAUCAAGCUCUAAAUUAUAGAUUCUAUAAAAGCAUGAAAAUUUAUGUGGAAAAUUUAAUUGACUGUCUUAAUGAAAAGAUUAUCAGCAUUCAAGAAAUAGAAUCAUCCAUGCAUGCACUCCGUUUAAAACGAGCCAUGACCUUUAUGAAACGCAGGCAAGAUGAAUUAAAACAUGAAUCAACGUAUUUACAGCAGUUAUCACGCAAGGCUGAGACAUCAACAAAUGGAAGCUUGGCUAUAGAUGAAAAAACACAAUGGAUUUUAGAAGAGAUGGAAUCUCGAAGGGCACGAAGAAGACAGGCAAGGGUGCUUUCUGCGAACUGUAGUCAUGAGGAAGGAACAUCUAGUGAUGAUGAACUGCCUUCAGCAGAAAUGACUGACUUCCAAAAAAGCCAAGAUGACAUUUUACAGGAUUGUAAGAAGAUUUUUGAAGACGUGCAUGAUGAUUUUUGUAACAUUCAGAAUAUUUUGUUGAAAUUUCAGCAAUGGCGAGAAAAGUUUCCUGAUUCUUAUUAUGAAGCUUUCAUUAGUUUAUGCAUACCGAAGCUUUUAAAUCCCCUAAUACGAAUUCAGUUGAUUGAUUGGAAUCCUCUUAAGCUGGAUUCCAUAGGUUUGAAACAAAUGCCAUGGUUCACAUCUAUAGAAGAAUUUGUGGAUAGCAGUGUGGAAGAUUCAAAGAAGGAAGAUUGUUCUGAUAAAAAAAUCUUGGCUGCUGUCAUCAACAAAACAAUUAUUCCUCGACUUACAGACUUUGUGGAAUUCGUUUGGGAUCCCUUGUCAACCUCACAGACAACAAGUUUAAUAACACACUGCAGAAUGGUUCUUGAAGAGCAUUCAACUUGUGAAAAUGAAGGCUUGCUUAAAUCCAUUCUUUCAAGGAUAAAGAAGGCAAUAGAAGAUGAUGUAUUUAUUCCUCUGUAUCCAAAGAGUGCUGUAGAAAACAAAACAUCACCACAUUCAAAGUUCCAAGAAAGACAGUUCUGGUCAGGUCUAAAGCUCUUCCGCAAUACUCUUCUUUGGAAUGGACUCCUCCCAGAUGAGGCCUUGAAAGAGCUUGGAUUGGGGAAGCUGCUGAAUCGCUACCUUAUUAUAGCUCUUCUUAAUGCCACACCUGGGCCAGAUGUUGUUAAAAAGUGCAGUGAGAUAACAGCAUGUCUCCCAGAAAAAUGGUUUAAAAAUCCUGCCAUAAGGACAUCUAUUCCCCAGCUAGAAAACUUCAUCCAGUUUUUAUUGCAGUUUGCACUUAAGUUAUCUGGAAGUGAAUUCAGGGAUGAAGUAAAAGAAAUAAUUCUUAUUCUGGUGAAAAUAAAAGCUUUGAAUCAAGCAGAAUCCUUCAUAGAAGAAUACCACCUAGACCAUCUUAGAUCACUAAUUAAAGAAGUUUGAGUAAAUUAUUGUAGAAAAAUACUAAAAGUGAAAUUUUAAUGUAGUCACACUCAGUUUCUGGCUUGAAAAGCAGCUUGUCCCUCUUUUUUAUUCCCUGUUAUAGAGUGGAGGACUGGCCAAAAAAAAGCCAAACUCCAUCCCUCCAUUCCCUACCUCCACAUUCUGCCUGCUGGUAUCCGGAAAGUCCAAGUCUGAGGCUGAGGUGUUUGAAAGAAUUAAAUGCACAGAAGCAACAGGUUUCCCUGUUUAAAAAAGGAAUUUAAGAAACCUUGCUUAUAGCUGUUUUGGCUUAGGUGAGCAUGUUAAUAAUAAUCUAGCGCUUGAACCAUAAAACCUUCUUUUAGUUCUUUUCAUUUUAACCUCUAUUUACAAAAAAAAACUUGAAAUGGACAUCUUAAUUGGAAUGAAUUAGUUGCUAAGCGUAUUAAUUAAGGCAUUUUACAGCUUUUGAUAACUAAUGAUUGUCAAAUUGCCCUUCAGAAAUUUGUACCAAUUUACUUUGCCAACCCAAGUGUGAGAGAGUGCCAGUGAACUCCCACCAGCAAUGGUAUUGUCUUUUUUUUAAUAGCAAAUUUUAUUGGUGAAAGAAAUAUGUUGUCAUUGGUGGUAGGCUUAGAAAGGAAACAGGUAUUUUAGAUACUUAGAAUGUGGGAUUCAUUUUCUGAUAAAAUAUAUAACUGAGGAAGUCUGAGGCAAAGAAAUUAAGAAAACUUUUCAAGGCACAAGAAUACUAGUAAUUUUUUAAUUUAUUUGUUAAAUAAUUCAAGGGUAACUCUAAAUAUAUAUUUUGCAAAUUUUUGCCCCUUCCAAAGAUAUAGGGUGGAAAUUAUGUUGUAGGAUUUGAGCAUCCGGCAUCUGACAUUAUUACCUUUACUUUGGAAGCCACAUAUAAUGUAAUAGUUUGGUGUGUUAUUUUUAUUAAAUGAAGACUCCUGAGUCACUAGUGUGAAGGAUUUUUUUUAAAAUUUAUUUUAAUUACGUAAAUUAUACAGGAAUAGAAUCUCCUCUAGAAAACUGAAACCAUUGCUGAAAAGCAUUCCCUCACAGCUGCCGUCCUCAGGUCCUGACUGUUUUCAUUUUAGUGUUUUAUUUUCAUAACCUUUUUUCUGUUUCCAGAAAUAUGUGUAUGUAUGUGUGCAUGUGUGUACAUACAGCCUUAUGUUUUUUACAUAAAUGGCAGAUAUUUUAUUGCAUAUGAAAUUUGUUAUUUUUUUACCAUUAAAGUGGACAUUUGGAAAUUUCCCUCUGACUUUUGCAUUUUUAAUUAAAGAUACGUUGGAUGCAUUCCCUUGCAUUUUUAAGUAGAGUGGAGAGACUUCUUUUGCUUUCUUAGACUGGAAAAUAUAACUGCUUUCAAAACUACAAAGCAAUUUAAACUACUCUGUUUUUAAUUAACUUUCAUUAUACUUGGAGUUUGAACUUCAAGGUUUUUAUCUGUCAUGUGCUAUAGUUGAAGAUGUUUAAAAACAUUUUUGAAACUUGCCUAAUCCUUAGUGCAGAAUUUUUUUGUUUUUAGUGCAGAAUUUUUUUGUUUUUAUUGUUGUUACUAUGAAAUGACUGAAAUAAAGAAAAGGAACACAGCUAGCAAGAAUAAAACUUAGGACUUGCAACCCAUGUCACAUCCCAGUUCUUUCCCUAGAUAGUUUCAGAUUUUUGUUCACAUAAAUAAUGAGAAGUUUUUAUAGAAUCAGACAAGAUAACUGUGUUCUUGUGGGGGUUUUUUGUUGUUUAUUUUUUUUCUAUAAUGCC